AUGCACGAAUACAACCUGACACCUCACUCCUUAUAUGCCGCGGUGUCAGUUGGUCUUGAAACUGAGACCAUCAUAGCUGUUUUGAAUAAAUUGUCAAAGACCAAGCUUCCCAAAGAGACGAUUGACUUCAUACAGGCUUCUACUGCCAAUUAUGGCAAAGUGAAGCUUGUACUUAAGAAGAAUCGGUACUUUAUCGAAUCCCCAUUUCCAGAGGUGUUGAAGAGGUUGCUCAAGGAUGAGGUUAUAUCCAGAGCAAGGAUUUCCACUGAGGAUUAAUCUGGUAUUGGGAAAUUACUUGAAGUGUUGGCAUAUUUUGCUCUGUAGUGAGACAUUGUGGGAAUGCAACCAGUGAGGAUUAUGCAUAAGCAUGUUUUUGUUCUCUUGGCAUGAUUUUCAGCGUGGUGUAGACUGCCAUGCCAUCCAGUCUUGUUUCUGUGCAGUGUGCUCAUCCAUUUGUAUGGUUUGAACUUUGCGGAAACAUGAGUGCAUUGUGUCUCAAUGGUAAAUGGAUCUGAAGUUUGGUUACAUGGCA